GACUCGGCGGUCGUUUAUCCCUAGUCUGUUCCUUCCUUUUCUCCUUUUUCGCAGCAUUUUUCCUCCUCGCGGCCAGAACACCGCGCGCGAUAUCUCGUCGUAUGCGCGCAGAGAGGGAAAGUUCUCUACAGUAUCUGCAGUGGUACCGGACAGUCGCGGUCAACAGGAUCGUGAGAUUCGGACGCUCGCGCGAAGUGCCGCAAGGUGAACGAGUCGUGUAUAGUGCACAAUAUGUGAUGGUCCCCUAUAUUGGGUAAUUUUUUUUGACGUCGCAAAAAAUAUUGCGUAUUAUAUAUAUCCACCGGGGAUCGAGAUUCUUUUGAUUCGGCAUAUACUGUUGCCAUUGACGUGAUAUCGCGAUUUACACGAUAGUGUUUCAAGGACAGAGUUGGUACCGGUUGCCGAAAGGUGCCCGUGUCGCGUACGAUAUGCAUAUCUCCAUACGUGCGAUAAGUGUGAUUUCCAAAAUCGUGGUGCUAAAAUCGGCGGCGUGUGCAACGAACGGUUAAUCAGAUAUCGAGGCGGCUGUUGCAUGCGCGUCGAUCGGAGAACAGGAUCAAACAGCGGCCGAGCAAGGAAGGGUAGAAGGAUUUGCACGGCGCGAUUCGCGUGACUUCGAGAAGAAGAUCGGUCUCUCCGGUGCGCGAUCACGAAAAUCGGUUUUCCGUGACGCGCGUUUAACGGGAACGCAGAGUGCGCAUAGAGCCGCAGGAAGUGCUCCAGUUUUGUUGAGAUUUGCAACGCGCGCGCGCGCGCGCGAGCGGGCGCGCGAGUGCUCGGAGAAAGGCGCAGAGUCCGACGAUUAGGCGGAAAUUCCGGUUAGAUUCCUUCGAGCUCUUGUGGAACCGGGCGGUAGAAUUCCCGUGAAAGCGAGCAAGUGAAGAGAGCACAAAGUGCGCCAAGUAGAGUGCCGCCGCGUUCGCGGCAGAUUUGUUUCCAAGGGAGAUUUCAACGCGUGUGUAAGGCGGAUUCACCGGAUAUCGAUUCGCGCCUACUCGUAGGGAAAUGCCUGCGUUGAAGCUCUUUGGGCGAAAAUGGUUGGCCGCAACCGACGACCUUGUGUAUCCAGGCUUGUUCGAAUUAUUUAUUCGUAUUGUAUGGUUGAUUCUUAUAGGGAUCGCCUGCGUAAGGUAUUACGACGAUACGUGGAAUUGUCGGUUGGGAGGUGAAUUAGUGCGCGUGUAUCUUCUCGGCGAAGCGGUCAUGCUCAGCAUCGUCACGCUCUUGAUACUCGUUAUCAUUAGGCAUAGCGCGAGAGGGACUAUCAUGGAUACGCAUGCCCGACGAUACGUCGAACCGCUUCUAAUAAUCAAGAUAUCUAUGCUGCUACCGGAAAUCGGAUGGAAUGUCCUAGGCACCAUGUGGAUUUUCGGACAAAGCGUAGAAUGCAAUCAUGCAUCCUAUUCCAUUACCGUCGUUGAAGCCCUGGUGUUCUUCGACUGGAUCCUGAUCGGUCUCAGCAUUUUCGGUCUCGCUCUGGUGUUCGACCCGAUCGGUUCCCUGGAGAGACGACAGUUGGAGAGUUCCGUGGAGCACGGCAAGAUCUCGCGCAUCUGGCUACGCAGAUUCAAAUUCCUGUGGUGGAUGCGCAAGGACGAGAGCGCGAGCGAGACCUUUCAACAUGUCGCUGGUCUUUUAAGUGCAUUAUUCCGCGGUACCAAUUUGGUCCCUUCGGACGUAAUAGCGGGAUGCAUCUUACUGAGAGUCCGACAGAAACGAGAAACUCAUGAAUUGCGAAAGUUAAACCUAAUCACGCGCCCAAAAUAUACUUCAGACAGCAGCGCGAUCUUUUCGGACACACCUAGUUGGAUGUCCUUGGAAGCUGCUCAUCACUACCUGCAAUUAUCGAUCGCUUCUUACGGCUGGCUCUUUGUAAUAUAUCAGCAUCUAUGUACUGGAUGUUUUCGUUUAAUACGGGGCAUGACGUGCUGCGCUUGUUUCCGACGAAAGCGUAACAUUAUUCUAGAUGAUAAUUGUUGUCUCUGUUAUCUUUCUGGCAUUAAAUAUCUAUCGAAGCUGCCCGAGGAGGAUAUUUUAUUCGCUUCUCUAAAGAAUCAUUUAUGCGAAAUACCGUUCUGCGUAAUUGCGGAUCACAAAACUGCUAGUAUCGUCAUAACUAUACGAGGAUCGUUAUCCUUGCGAGAUUUAAUCACUGAUAUUGCAGCUGCGUCCGAUACAUUCGAAUGUCCUGGCGUUCCUCCAGAUAGCACAGCACAUAAAGGCAUGAUAAUAGGAGUGAAAGUAAUCAUGAAGCAAUUGGAAAACUAUAAAGUUCUGGAAAGAGCGUUUGCCACAUAUCCCAAUUACAAUCUAACAAUCACAGGUCAUAGUUUAGGAGCCGGUUUAGCGAUUCUUUUGGGAUUAUUGAUACGUCCCCGUUAUCCGGAUUUGAGAGUCUAUGCUUUUGCUACGCCUGCUGGGCUACUUAGCAGAGAUGCUGCCAGGAUCACGGAAGAGUUUGCGUUGACCAUUGGACUCGGUGAUGAUCUUGUAAUGAGACUCAGCGUGGACAGUAUAGAAAAUUUAAGGACUUCAUUAUUGACAACUCUUCGGGCUUGUCGAUUACCUAAGUACAGAGUGGUUCUGAAUGGAUUUGGAUACGCUUUGUUUGGAGUUCCUGAGAAUGAUUUGAGUAAAACGUGGACCAACUAUAAUAUAAUUAGCACAAUUCCGGGCCAAUCACCUUUACUUGCCAAGUCUAGUGACGCGGAUAAUAAAAAUAUAGAACGUGACAUAACGAAAAGAAGAUAUUCGAAAGAACAAUUGUUUAAUGCUGGCCGUAUUCUUCAUAUAACAAGAUGCAAGCUAGAAAAACGGAGAGAAAGAGGUGCAUUCAAGAAACAGCUCGCGAAAGAAAGGAAAUACGAGAUGCGAUGGGCGCAAGCAGAAGAAUUUACGAAAUUAUCAGUGAUGCCACGUAUGCUUCUAGACCAUCUGCCAGAAAACAUAGAACUGGCAUUAGCCACGUUAUUGGAGCAACAAAAUGAUAUACCCUUUUACUUCGAUCCUUAGUAUAAUCUA